AUGGACACUCUCUGUUGUGCACUGGUGACGGUGACGCGCUUCCAGCAGCUGCGUCUUUGCUUCGUCGGGAGUCAUCUCGGCAGAGCAGCGAUCCAGGCAGAGUGCGGGCGCGACAGCAUUGCACCUCAAGGGGAUCACGCAAAAUUACAAAAGCGAAUAAACUCGCUGAUUAAUUCUGUUCAAAACAACAAUUCACCAUUUUUCAAGGGAAUGUGCCAGACUAUUCUCCCUUUUCGGGUGUUUGGCUGUGACAGUGUAGAGAUGCAGCCCAGCAGCAGUGGAACUGACUCUCAGCAGCAGCAGGGGCGGUGGACGACCCUGCUGAGCCGCUGUCAAAGCUGUCAAAACUCAGAGAUGGCUCAGGUGAUGAAGACCAAAUUUGUGCAGUACAUGGGCAGCCAUCCUGUCCUGACCCUCACAGUGAUGGUGUUCGCGGCCAUGUCUGCUCUGCCUGUUGGACUUUUCCUCGGCUUUGCUCUCGUCACCGCGGGUAUUUCGGCAGUAGGUUUCGUCUUCUUCAAUGUGGCCCUGUUGUUUGUGGCAGGGUUGACUCUGAUGUGCAUCCUCUGCGGUGUCGCCUUCUUCUCUGUCACAGUUUCACUCAUCCUAACAGCUUUUCAGGUAUCCAUCGCCAACUUCCUGAAGUAUUCCCCACAACUGAUCAAGCCGUUCAACGUCCAGGAGAAGGAGACGGAUUCCAAAACUCAAGACUGA